AUUGGAGGUUAGUUAUUCUUGCAACUGUUGAAGAAAAAGUAUGGAAUCACCAAGGAAAAAAAGGCUUAAAUCUCAACGAGUUUUGAAUACCGAAGAAGAAAUUCUGAAUGUGAUGAGCCAACUUGAUGAUUCUGACUUGGAGAUGUCAGAUGAGGAGGAAUUGGAGAACGAUGUUGUCAGUACCAUUCAAAAUGACCUGGGAAACUUUAGUGAUGACACUGAUGCUGACCCUGACUACAGUCCUGGAAUGCUUUCAAGUAGUGAUAGUGAGGAAGAUAUCAUAAAUGAUCAGCCAACUACUUCGAAGGCCAGUCUUGUAAAAAAAAAGGAAGCAGGAAUCAGGUGAGCUCCCAGCAAAGAAGAAGUCAAAGAUUGCCAGCUUCAAUUGGAAAGACACUGAGUUUCUUCCAGAUCCACUCAUUUUAGCUUCACCAAGCUACGUCCCAUUAAACUCGAUUGGAUGGGAUGCAUUCAAAUACAUUGAGCAUUAUAUUGAUGAUGAACUUCUUCAACUGAUUGUUGAUAAAACCA